UGCUCUUCAUUCCCUGUCCUUUAUAAUUGAAUGAGCUCCGCCACGCGUCCGAAUACAAAGAUAUGAGACAGGUUGAUAUGAAUGGGGACUGUGCUGUAUAAAAAAGAUGCGCAGCUUGCCCAAAUUUGAAAUCAUACCGAAAGGCCACACGUUCGUCGCAUACACCAAGCUCUUUUUGACUUCCUUCCAUGCCAAAAGGAUACAAAAUGAAUUGUAUACCAGAGCGUUGCAUCGGGACCCCGCGAUGUACGAUAUCUUAGGGUUCUCAGGACAUGACGCUUUGGGCGCUUUUGCGUUGAUUGAAGAACAUUUCGACAAAAUCAUGGAAAACGUAGCCAAGAAACAAUGGGAUGCAGUAUAUGUUCUUCUAGACGGCUUCGCAAUGUACAAUUUUCGGGCUUGUCCGAAGCCUAUGGAUAUAUUGGACACGAAACGCAAGCACGGCUUACUCAAGGUCUAUGGUGCUUGCGUCGUGACUAUGCUUAGAGAACUCGACAAACUGGGCCGACUCAACGUGCAGAACUUCCCUGGUCUGGAAUACUUUCUUCGGUACACAAUAGAAUGGACCGAGUGGGCCAAAGAUGAGUUGGUGAACCAUUUACAUCUAAGAAGUGACAUAUUGCCGCACUUGGGAGUUUGCAAAGCAAUCGCGUACAGGUUGUUCAAGGAUCAGACAGUAGAGGAUCAUACCUUGCACCUGGCUCGCAUUCGAGAAUGGGUUCAGUGGCUGGAACCUAGAGCCACCGAAGAAGAUCACGACUAUGCAGGUACGAAGGGCUGGGUUCAAGAUUGGCUUAUACAGGAAUGGCCAUCCCUUCUUCUUGGAGUUAAUCCCUGGUACCUUGCCGGAGAGGACGACAACUCGUUGCUGAAGGAUCCAAGACUUGACCUAGCACUAGAAUGGGAUUCAUUUUCCAUUUACAGACAGGAAAACCCACUUGUACCGCCGAAGGGUCUGAGCUGGGAGUUCAAGGACUGGUCAAAAGAAGAUCGCGAUGCACAUAGGGAUGGUACUGUCUUCGAGAUACCUUCAAGCGGAGAUGGAGACGGAAAUGGUAGUGACAAGGAGUCUAUGGGCUGGGGAAUGGAACAUUCAUUCUGGCAGUAGAAAUGUGAUGCAAAUGCAUUUGUAACUCUACAUGUAGAUUGACAGACAGAAACAACCGAUUUCGAUUAUAUGUAUGUUGCAGCCAAACGACUCACGAUGUAAGUUUCGGUGUUAACAGGGGGAUAUCUGG